GGCGCCGCCGGUAACGGGCCCGGUCCCGCUGCCCCCGGCAGCCGCUCCCCGGCCCGGAGCCGCUCUGCACGGCCGCUGACAGCCCGGCCGGCCCGCGCCGCCGAUGCUCGCCCACAGCGACCAGGAGGAGCCGCCGCGCCUCGGCCGCCGCCGGGCCCGCGGAGCGGAGGCCGCGCUGAGGGGAGGCUGCGCAGCUGAAGAUGGGAUUGGGAGCGAGAAAAAUGCCCACCAAGGCAUCGCUGGGCCAGCAGAGCCCGAGGGAUUCCUGUCAGGAGUCUCCAAGGAGAACAGAUCCCAGAGUCCUGCGCAGGACCCCGUCCUCCCGUGCAGGUCAGAAAGGGCUCAGAGACCUCUGGGGAAGAGGCAAAGCCAAGUGACACCACGGGGGAAAAGCUUCAGGAGGCUGCCAGAUGUUAUCCAGCAGAGAAAUCCUUCUGUGGGGAGACUGACGGUCUGCGGGGACUGUGGAAAGGGCUUCAGGGUGAGCUCCAACCUCGUCCAGCACCGGAGAAUCCACACCGGGGAGAAACCCUUCUCCUGCUCCGACUGCGGGGAGAGCUUCCGGCAGCGGUCGCACCUCGUCCAGCACCAGAGAACCCACACGGGGGAGAGGCCCUACGAGUGCUCUGACUGCGGCAAGAGCUUCAGCAUGAGCUCGAAGCUGAUCCGGCACCAGGUGACCCACACCGGGGAGAAGCCCUACAAGUGCGCCGAGUGCGGGAAGAGCUUCUGCGGGAACUCGCAGCUGGUGCAGCACCGGCGGGUGCACACCGGGGAGAAGCCCUACGAGUGCGGCGCCUGCGGGAAGAGCUUCAGCGUGAGCUCGGCCCUGACGCGGCACCAGCGCGUCCACACCGGGGAGAAGCCCUACGAGUGCCAGGAGUGCGGGAAGAGCUUCAGCCAGAGCUCCGAGCUCAUGAAGCACCGGCGGGUGCACACCGGGGAGAGGCCGUACGAGUGCUCCGAGUGCGGCAAGAGCUUCACCGUGAGCUCGGCGCUCAUCCAGCACCGCCGCUUCCACACGGGCGAGCGGCCCUACGGCUGCGCCGACUGCGGCAAGAGCUUCACCGUCAGCUCCCACCUCAUCCAGCACCGGCGCUUCCACGCCGGGGAGCGGCCCUUCGAGUGCGCCCACUGCGGCAAGAGCUUCCUGUGGAGGUCGGCGCUGCUGCGGCACGGGCGGGUGCACAGCGGGGAGCGGCCCUUCGCCUGCGCCGACUGCGGGGACAGCUUUCGGCAGCGCGCACACCUCACCCAGCACCGGCGCACGCACACCGGCGAGCGGCCCUACGCCUGCGCCCGCUGCGGCAGGGGCUUCGCCGUCAGCUCCGCGCUGCUGCGGCACCAGCACGUCCACGGGCCCCAGGAGGGAGUGUGUAACCCCAGCAGUGAGCAGGAAUGCCAUCAGCUAUGGACGGCUCCGAGGCAGCAGAGGAGGGGGAGACCCUGCGCUAUGAGGAGACAGAAGAUGACAGUGUGCGCCCCACCGACCUCUCAGAGCUGCUGAAGGAGGGCACCAAGGACUCCCAUGACCGUGCAGAGAACACACAGUUUGUCAAAGACUUCCUGAAAGGGCGGAUCAAGAAAGAGCUG